CCCCAUCUCUCUUCCCCCAAUUAUCUCCUUCUUUUUAUCAUAUUAUUAAUUCAUCCCUUUUCACUUCCAUAUAGCAUUACCAUAUACACAAAAAAAUUCCCUCUCUUUACAUAUAUAAUCUCUUCCCCUCCCUCCCUUUUUCUUCCCAUUCUUCAUCUUCUUCUCUUCUUCUUCAUCAUAUGAUUAAUUAUCUAAAUGUUGAAACCUUCUUCUUCUUCUUCUUCCACACCCCUUCUUCCUCCUCCUCCUCCUCCUCCUCCCCCCAAUUCCGACCAAUAUUCCAUCACCACCAAACGAAAACGAAGACCCGCCGGCACUCCAGAUCCGGAUGCGGAAGUGGUUUCUUUGUCCCCAAAGACGCUACUUGAAUCGGAUCGGUACGUAUGUGAGAUAUGCAAUCAAGGGUUUCAAAGAGAUCAGAAUCUACAGAUGCAUCGACGGCGCCACAAGGUGCCGUGGAAGUUGGUGAAGAGGGCGGAGGCGGAGAGUAGUAGUAGUAAUGUUGUUGUGAAGAAAAAGGUGUUUGUUUGUCCAGAGCCUACGUGUCUACAUCAUCACCCUUGCCAUGCGCUUGGUGAUCUAGUUGGGAUUAAGAAACACUUCCGGAGAAAGCAUAGUAACCAAAAACAGUGGGUUUGUGACAAAUGCUCUAAGGCUUACGCUGUUCAUUCUGAUUUCAAAGCUCACCUCAAAACUUGUGGCACUCGUGGCCACUCUUGUGAUUGUGGUCGUGUCUUUUCCAGAGUGGAGAGUUUCAUAGAGCAUCAAGACACUUGCAAUCUUCGCCAUAUGAGGUCCGAUCAGUUGCAGUCGGCGGUGGUACGACCACCACCACCACCACCACUGUUAUUGCAACCCUAUAACUCACGAGCAGUAUCUUACACCGGCGCCUCCACCAGCAACGAUCAUGCAUUUCAAAUGGCUAGUACUCCAUUACGAGGGUUUCCAAUUUUAUCAUCAAACUCAGAUCGAAACAUCAACAUUAAUUUACCCGAUCGCCAUGAUCUCGAGCUCCAUCUCUCUUCUCCAAGCUCAGCUUUUCUGAAGCUCUCAAUUGGGUCGUCCAACAAGGAGCCAAGUGAUGACCGUCAACUCGAGCUGGCGAUCGCAGAGAAGGCAUAUGCGGAUGAAGCAAGACGAGAGGCAAAACGACAGAUCGAAAUUGCCGAGGUCGAGUUUGCAAAUGCAAAAAUGAUAAGACAGCAAGCUCAAGCGGAAUUGGAGAAAGCAAGGAUCUUGAAGGAAGAAGCUAGCCGGAAAAUGAGCUCCACCAUUAUGGAAAUCACUUGCCAAACUUGCCGGUUGCAUUUUCACGUCAGCUCCGCCAUGCCAGAGGAGACCUCACUCGCCAUCAGCUACAUGUCAUCUGCUACGACAGAAGGUGAUGGAGAGUAAAUAUAUAUUUAAACAGUCUUAAACAAUGUGAACUGACAAUUUUUUGAAGACAGUCAUUUGAUCGAAAGUCUCAGAAGUAUUUUCGUUAAGGCAAUCUUUCUAAUAGCCAUUUAGCUUAUGGCUUGAUCGAAUUUUUGAUCCGUAAUCACAUUGUUCUAGACUCUUUAAUUUAAACAAUAUAUAUAUGUCAUGACUUUUCGAGACGAAACAA